AUGACUUAUAUGGGUGACCGUGGCAGAGAAAUAUUUGAAACAUUAGACUGGGCGCCAAGUGUAGCAGGCCAAGACAAUCAGCCAGCCACACCAGCUGAAAACGAAACAUUGACAGGCGUUUUCGAUAGAUUCGAACGAUAUGUUAGGCCGAAAAAGAACGUCAUAAAAGCAACCGUAGAAUUUCACGGCCGAGCACAAAGAGAAGGUGAGCCCUUCAAUAAAUUCUUAACGGAUUUACGAGUCCUCGUAAAGCGUUGUGAAUACGACGACGAGGAUAGAAUGCUUAGGGAUGCCAUAGUAGUCAAGACUAAAGAGCAUAAAGUAAGAGAAAAAUGUCUAGACGCAGGGGACGAGUUGACACUCGAAAAAGCGAUUAGCAUUGCCCUUAAUUACGAGACCUCCCAGGAAAGUCUCAAAGUCAUGGGAGGAGGCGAAGCACAUGUGCACAAAAUAAAGCAUGUGAACAAGACUCACAAAAAUAAAACAGCGCCCCCAACUUACAAAGGGAAUAAACGAGACUCGUCUACAACAAAAUGUAAUAGGUGUGGAUACAGUGCAAACCAUGAGCAGUGCCCUGCAAUGGGACGUACAUGUAGCAAGUGUGAUAAGCCUAAUCAUUUCGCAGCUGUUUGUAAAACUAAACUGAUAAAAUCAACAAAACCUAAGCAGCGUGCAGUGAGACAAAUCACACAUUCUUCAUCAGAUGAAGAAAAUGAAUACACAAUUGGUGCAGUCACAGCCAGCAUAAAUUCAUCUGCAGUCUAUGCGCCCUGA